GGGACGCGCGGCGUUCCUCCCGCUGGCCCCGGCCGCGGCUCGUCCUAGUUACCCCAACGACGGCGCCAUGGAGCGGCCGGCGCCCCUGGCCGUGCUGCCCUUCUCGGACCCCGCGCACGCGCUGAGCCUGCUGCGCGGCCUGAGCCAGCUCCGCGCCGAGCGCAAGUUCCUGGACGUGACGCUGGAGGCGGCGGGCGGGCGCGACUUCCCCGCGCACCGCGCCGUGCUGGCGGCCGCCAGCCCCUACUUCCGCGCCAUGUUCGCCGGGCAGCUGCGCGAGAGCCGCGCCGAGCGGGUGCGACUGCACGGCGUGCCGCCCGACAUGCUGCAGCUGCUGCUCGACUUCAGCUACACGGGCCGCGUGGCGGUGAGCGGCGACAACGCCGAGCCGCUGCUGCGGGCCGCCGACCUGCUGCAGUUCCCGGCCGUGAAGGAGGCGUGCGGCGCCUUCCUGCAGCAGCAGCUCGACCUGGCCAACUGCCUGGACAUGCAGGACUUCGCCGAGGCCUUCAGUUGCGCGGGGCUGGCGAGCGCGGCGCAGCGCUUCAUCCUGCGCCACGUGGGCGAGCUGGGCCCCGAGCAGCUGGAGCGCCUGCCGCUGGCGCGCCUGCUGCGCUACCUGCGCGACGACGGGCUGUGCGUGCCCAAGGAGGAGGCCGCCUACCAGCUGGCGCUGCGCUGGGUGCGCGCGGACCCGCCGCGCCGCGCCGCGCACUGGCCGCAGCUGCUGGAGGCGGUGCGCCUGCCCUUCGUGCGCCGCUUCUACCUGCUGGCGCACGUCGAGGCCGAGCCGCUGGUGGCGCGCUGCCCGCCCUGCCUGCGCCUGCUGCGCGAGGCGCGCGACUUCCAGGCGGCGCGCUACGACCGCCACGACCGCGGGCCCUGCCCCCGCAUGCGCCCGCGCCCCUCCACGGGCCUCGCCGAGAUCCUCGUGCUCGUGGGUGGCUGCGACCAGGACUGCGACGAGCUGGUCACCGUCGACUGCUACAACCCACAGACGGGCCAGUGGCGCUACCUGGCCGAGUUCCCCGACCACCUGGGCGGGGGCUACAGCAUCGUGGCGCUGGGCAACGACAUCUACGUGACGGGUGGGUCUGACGGCUCCCGGCUCUAUGACUGCGUGUGGAGGUACAAUUCCAGCGUGAACGAGUGGACGGAGGUGGCGCCCAUGCUGAAGGCCCGUGAGUACCACAGCUCCUCCGUGCUCGACGGGCUGCUGUACGUGGUGGCCGCGGACAGCACGGAGCGCUACGACCAUACCACCGACUCCUGGGAGGCCCUGCAGCCCAUGACCUACCCCAUGGACAACUGCUCCACCACCGCCUGCCGCGGCCGCCUCUACGCCAUCGGCUCGCUGGCCGGCAAGGAGACCAUGGUGAUGCAGUGCUACCACCCGGACACGGACCUGUGGUCGCUGGUGGACUGUGGCCCGCUCCCACCCUGGUCCUUUGCCCCCAAGACGGUGACUCUGAACGGACUUAUGUACUUCAUCAGGGAUGAUUCUGCGGAGGUGGACGUAUAUAAUCCCACAAAGAACGAGUGGGACAAGAUCCCAUCUAUGAAUCAGGUGCACGUGGGGGGCAGCCUGGCCGUCCUUGGAGGGAAGCUCUACGUCUCAGGUGGUUACGACAAUACGUUUGAACUCUCUGACGUGGUGGAGGCCUAUGACCCAGAGACUCGGGCAUGGAGCAUAGUGGGACGGCUCCCGGAGCCCACCUUCUGGCACGGCAGCGUCAGCAUCUUCCGCCAGUUCAUGCCCCAGAUGCCCUCUGGUGGGCGUGGCUUCGAGCUGGACAGUGGCAGCAGUGACAUGGAUGUGGCCCGACCCCGGCGGCCGCAGAACCCUGACGAGCUGCACUAGCCCUGGCCUGGCCCGGGGAGGGCCUCAGUGCAGGUAACACAGCAUGUCUGGGGGCGGGGCAGUGAGCCCCUCCUUCGUGCACAAGGACGGGUUGGGUUCACCAGGUGGAGUUGGGCUCUUGGGUCGCCGAGUGAGCCUCAGGAUGUGACCCCAGGAGAGCCUCUGUGCAUUUAGAGCCGGACUCAUAGCUGCUGGGAGCUGCCUCCCUGCCGGCACAGGGCUCUGGCUCUAGCAGGUGAACCCUCAUGCUGCCUCUGCUUAUGCCUACUUGCUCCCAUGUCAGAGAGGACGGCCUCUGGUCGGGGACAAGUCCUCCCACGAGAGUCUGAGAGUGGUCCAGGCCUGCUUUCCUAGGCCCGCGGGCUCUGCUGGCCUGGAGCAUCGGGAAUCUGGCAGAUGAUGGCUGCAGUGGGGUCCCCAACUCCACGUCCGGUGCUGGACAUCCCAGGGGCCAGCUCCCUGGAUGGAGGCGGUCUGCCUGCCUGGCUCCUCACACCUGCUGGGAUGUCCCACCAAAACGUGCCUCACAGGCGCAGGGCAGUGUGACUGGACGGGAGUGUGGCCUUGAAGUGGGCCCCAAGGGAUGUGCUGAGUAAAUCCUGUCUCCAGUGAAUCUGGGUUGAGGCAAAUGCUGAGUGCUCCAUCCGCCUACCCCACCAGCUGGUGUUGCCACCUGACUUGGAGGCCUCCAGGACCGUCGUCCCAGGUGGAUGCACGAGAGGGCAAAAGCCUGCAGGUGCAAGGUCGUGGCUCCUCCCUGGGAGGCCCUAGGAGUUUCUCAUUGAAGCCCAGCCAGGCCGAUGGUUGCGGAUGCCAUUCUCUCCCCUAGGGACAAAGAAUCCUGCUGCUUCCAAAGGAAGCCCUGGACGGGGUGGCCCCCGUGAUUGGCUGCAAGGUAAAUGCAGUCUGGCCCUUCCUUAGAAGAAGGGUAGGGUGGCCAGGGACGCAGCCAGAAAAGAGUCUCUUACGGUGCCAUUGCUGAAGGUCUCUGCAGGGCAGGGGGACAGCCACGCUCCUCCCAAGCCUGGGGCAUCCCCGGGAGGGUGGCGUGAGGAGUUCCCAGGAAACUGCGGCUCAGGGGUCCCCGGUUCCCUGUUUUCUCUGGGGAGUGAAUGGUCUGGUCUCCUCAAGGUCCCCAAGGAUCCCUUGGCUGGAUGUGUCUUUCUUCCAAAGAGGAGGAUGCUUGCAUUUCCCUCACUAGAAAGCUGGAAAGCAAAUGUUUGUUGAGUUGCCUUUCCCAGUGAACCGCCUUGGAGAUGUGUUCUUAGCAGGAGAAGAAAAGUUCUAGCUGUCGCUUCACAAACAACACUUUUUUAAACACUUUCUUUGGCCAGAUGGCAAGGGUGGUUCUGGGGGAGGAAGUCUUGCGGCCUAAAGAGCUGUUGGCUGGGGCCCCCACCUUCUCUGCCAUAUGCCGUCACUGUCUGGUUAGACCUGUUGCAGGAGCGGCUCCGGUCCACAGCCAGCCCUUCCCAUCCCCUCAACUGUCACUCACCGGGUCACUCCCGCACACCCACUGCGCCAGGCGCUGCCAGACAGCCGGCCGGGCGGUGGUCCUGCCUGGGGCUCCCCCGCCAGGUGGGCCUGGCCGUGGGAUCCCUUGGGCCCCGGGGGACUCCUUCAUGCCCCAGGUCCCACCUUCGCCCCUCCUGGCGUGCGUGUUCCCCCUCGGUCGGGACUUGCUGCCCCUGUCCCCCAGCGAUGGUCUGACCUCACCUCCUCGGGACUGGUGCUGCCUCCUCCUGGCUCUGGUGCCUUCCCAGCAGGCUCACUCCGCAGGGGUUUUCCAUGCCCUUUGGUCUCUGUAGGUAGAGGGUGUCCUGCCACAGUGGCUUGUCUCUCCUGUCAGUGGCAGCGGGGAGGGCAGGGCAGCGCUGCACAGGACCGAGGGAGCCCUGAUGUGCACCAGGCACGGAGCUCUGCGCCAGCAGCUGCGGCCUGCCCGCUCGGUGUGGGGACAGGCCACGCAGAUAGGUGUCACGAUGCCUGCUGACAGGUCACCUGCAGCCACCCCCACCCCCCACCCCUCCCCGGAGCAAGAGUGCAGGCCUUGAUCUCGUGGGGAAGGCUUUGGCGCCCUUCCUGAGGGCCGCCUCCGUGGAGGGUCCCUUUGGCAGCCGGAGAAGGUGGGGUGAGGAGGUGCCAAGGCUGCUGGAGCUCUCCCCACCUCCCUCCAGUGGGGCUGGGCUCUGGCAGGGUCAAGGACUUCCCGUGGUCAGCGACUUCCAGGGAGAGGUAUCGUGUAACGUUUUUUUGUCGGGACGGGGCGCUGCAAACACGUUUUUCUGACAAAACCAGCCUCUGUGGACCGUACAGCAGGCCUGGUCUGGGCUGAGGGCUAGCGACCGCUCUGGCCUUCACCUGGCCUUCCCUGCAGACGCUCCCUUGUGGCAGGGGGCCCCGUGUCCUGGGUUCCUGCCCUUGGUUCUUCACCGUGACCAGCUGGGACACCACUGGCAGCUGUUGGUUGGCUGGUUCAGUGUGCACCCGUGACGUCCUCCUCCACGCUCGCUCUCUAGAACUACGCGGGUCUCCUCCACCCGGACCCCAUCCUCUGUCGGGAGCACCAGGGCGGGGGAGGGGAAGCAGCAGCCUCAGCAGCAGCGGGUUCCUGCAGACCGCAGCCGGGGGUCCACGGUCAGGGACGGCCCUUCGGCAGCACCUGCUCCCCUGCCCAGCCCUCCCCGCUUCCCCCGGCGGGGGCUCUCGCCCGGGGACACCCCCCCCCCCCCCCCCCCCCCGUCCCCACUUUAGGAAUGUCCAUACACUGACCAGGGUCAGAGAUGGGCCAGCUGGAGGUGGGACUGUGUUUGGAUAUACGGAACUUUUUAGUCUACGAGACAGUUUAAGUUAUGAAAAUUCAGUGACUCAUAUUUAAUGCUGAUUUGCUAUAAAGUAUUCUAUAUUUAUAUGACUUCAGAGACUCUUAUGUGCUAAAGGACACGCGCCUUUCAGUGUCCCAGCUAUCUAGUUCCAACCCCAGACGGUGGGGCAGAUUUGCCUAUUUAUUUGUCCUAUGGGCCUAGGUGUCCAGAAUCCUGUUAAGAGAUUUUAGGAUGCCUUCGAUGUAUACUUUUUGAAAUAAAACUAUUUCCUAUACA